AAGAGAACUGGGCUGAGGCUCCGGAGGCCUGGGUGGCAGUUUCCCCUGGCACUUGCUGUGGUACUUGGAUCUCGGGAGCUCAGUUUCCCCAUCUGGAAGAUGAAUUGUAGCCUCCCUCCUGGAGCUCUGGGGAGAAACAGAAAGCCUCCCGCAUGGGAUCGGGCCCUGGUGCAGUGUCCGACUUGCUGCAAGACCCUGGUCUGGUCAUUUCUAUCUCUAGGCCUGUCCGUCUUCCACACCCGCCAUAGACGGGGAGCCCAGACGGCACUAGGGGUGAAUUCUCUGGGAUGCUUUAAAGUUAAAACACAUGGAAGACAAUUCGCUUUUAAAAAUUAGAAAGAUAGGGGUGCCUGGGUGGCUCAGUGGGUUGAGCGUCCAAGUUUGGCUCAGGUCAUGAUCUCACGGUUUAUGGGUUCGAGCCCCACAUUGGGCUGUGUGCUGUCAGCAUGGAGCCGGCUUUGAAUCUUCUGUCCCCACCCCUUCACCCUCUCGUGCUCACUCUAUCUCAAAAAUAAAAUUUUAAAAACGUUACAAAAAUUAGAGAAAGACACUUGGCACUGACAUGUUUUCUUUUAGGGGCAGCGAUUUGUGUUUUCUAAUCUCAGGGCCUUUGCAUUGACUGCACCCUCUGCCUGUCCCUCCCUCAAGCACCCCCUCGACUCAGAGGUUUUCUUGGAGGGAUCUCCCCAGACUGCCCCCCUGGCUAAAUGGCCCCAUCUUGCCCCCAACCCACUUUACUUUUUCCUUCGCACACUUGAAACUGUCUGAAAUGAUAAACCGUGGAGUUGUUCUCAACUCUUGUUUCUCUCACUUACCACGUCCGAGUCAUCGGCACAUCCUGCUGGCUACACCUGCAAAACACCCUCAGACUCUGAUCCCUUCUCGCACCCCCACCGCCCCCACCCGGGUCUGUGUCCCCAUCAUCACUCACCUGGACUAGCGCAGCAGCCGCCUCAGCUGUCUCCCUGCUCCUGCCCCCCGGUCUGUUCUCCUGUUCUCGAGGCUGCCGGACGGAUUCCACGAAGUCAUGAGUCACCUCCUGCCCCUCCUCUGCCCACGACCCUCCUAUGGCUCACAGCUCACAGAGAUCUAAGAGGCUCUGCGGGACCCGUUCCUGUCACCUCCCUAUUCUCACCUUCUCCCGCUUUGCCCACACUGCUCCAGCCACCCCAGCCUCCUCACUGUCCCUCAAACACACCACACCCACUCCUGCUUCAGAGCCUUUACGCCAGCUGUUCCCUCCGCCAAAACACUGUUCCCCCAGACGACCCAGGGCUGACUCCCUCUGCUCCUUCCUGUCUCUACCAAACACUCCCUCUGCCCCACCCUCUGCCACGCUACACAUUAACUUGUUUUCCUUGUUUAUUCUCUGUCUCCCCUUCUAGCCAUUUCCACUAGGGCAGGGCUCUUUGUCUGGCUUGCUUGUGGGUGAGUCCCAGUAUCAGAAACAGUGCCUGGGGCUCAGUAAACACGUGUUGAGUGGAAUGGAUGGAUACAUGGUUGAAUGGACAGAUGGACCGAUAGGACGGCUGGGGACUAGAUGGGUGGCUGCAUGGCUGAGAUGGCUGUGUAGGUGGAUGAGUGGGUAGAUGGACGGCUGGUGCUGAGGUUGCUACUCAGAGCGUUUUGUAGAGACGACCUCGCUUAGUCGUCCAACUACGUGUGAGGAGUGCUUUCUCAUAUCCCCACUUUAUGGAUGAGGAAACUGAGGCACAGAGACAUUAUUCAGGAUCCGACUCUAGCAGCGUGCCUCCAAAUGCCCGUCCCUCCACCAUUUGCCUGAGUCAGGCCCUGAGAGUCGUCACAGCCUCACCUGUUCACCACCCUCCGUCUGCAGGAUGUCACGACCGGGCCGUCCUGCUGUAUGAGUACGUGGGCAAGCGGAUCGUGGACCUACAGCACACGGAGGUCCCCGACGCCUACCGCGGGCGCGGCAUUGCCAAGCACCUCGCCAAGCAAACGUUUAUUAAACACCAGCCGUGUGCAGCAUCCUGCCAGGCACCAGAGGCAGGGCGUGCACCAGACAGGCCCUCGUUCUCCGUCUCGUGAGCUCGUUGGUGCACACAACCACAGCCACAGAUGAAGGCCACACACUGGCACCCUCAUCGCUUCCCCCACGAUUGGCUUUGGGAGCCCUGUAAGAACUAAGCGUGACCUCUGCUGGGUGCGGGGGGCCCUGGGGCGCCCCUGACCCAGCCUGAGGGCCGCUCUGGACUUCGUAGUGGAGGAGGACCUGCGGGCCCAUCUCACGUGCUGGUACAUCCAGAAGUACGUCAAGGAGAACCCCCUGCCGCAGUACCUGGAGCGCCUGCAGCCAUAACCCCGGCCCCGCAGGGCGGGAGCCCUCCUUGCCAGACCUCUCCUCACGGCCUUCGCCCUGGCCCUCCGCGUGCUCUCAGGAAACCCGCCCCCGCCCCGGGGGACAGACUCAGAGUUAUUUUUGUAAGGACACUCACCUGUGGCCCCUGGAGGCCGCUGGCCGAGGAUGGGCAGUGGUCCAGCUACCCCGGUGAAGGGGAGGCCGGGCAGCCGAGGGUCCGGCCGCUCCCCCUCCUCAGACGCUGGCUGGCUUCUCAGAAGGCCACCCGGGCCGUUUGCGGGCAGGCCUGCGAGGGCCUGCCGCCAGGACCGGAGUGUGCUCAGGGGCGUCCCGCGGCCAGUCUGGCUCCCCCCUGCUGUUCCCAGCUCUGUGAUUGGCAGUAGGGCCAAUUUGGGGCCCCAUCUGCCACCACUUACGUCUGUGUCCUUUCUGCAGAUGAGGAGGGUGUCCCCCCGAGUGGAGAGGUGCAAUAAGAAACCUCGUGUGCCAACUUCCCGGGGGCGUAGCACCGAGCCACGGCUGCCACCAGCACUGCCCCUUCUCUUCCUCCAGCUCGUGUGCCCUGGCGCGGGGGGGCAUGCCAGGGUGAGGGGCGAGCCUCCUUCAUGUGCAGAGCCCGGAAUGGGUGCACACGUGAGCACACAUGCACACGCACACACAUGCACGCACACACACGCAUAUGCGCACACACACAGGACACUAUGUGCAGGGCUGUGCGUCAGCGGAGGGAGCGCUGGGUGUUCUCUCCGUGGUACCUGUUCCCUUCACUCCUUGCCCCCUGGCCUGUCAGCUCUGCAGGAAAUCGACACCCACCCGCUACCCGCCCCCACCCUCCAUUUGCCCCAUCUGCCUGGAGCCAGCUCCGGGUGUGGCCCGAGCAACCAAGCACUGGGAAGCCCCCCUUCACCAGCCCCUUGGCCACCCGCAGGGUGGGCUUUCUCAGAGAUGACCCUUUGGAGCUCGAAUGGGAGGGAGGCGAACUGUCCUCAAGGAACCGUCCUCAGCACCCAAUGGCAAGAAACAUUUCUGCAGAGGGAUUUCCUUCAUGGCCGCUGGAUGUCAGAGCUGCUUUUCUCUUUCUUGGCAAGCUGGUGGCCGGGCACGUUCUGUGGCCUGGCUAGAAUUCCGGGGUUCCUCCCAGACCAACUUUCCUGGCCUGGGAAGUGCACACCAGCACCCUUUGUUCUGCCGGCCUUGUGAGCUGGUUAGAGCUCGGGGUCCUGACCUGUGCCCUACUUCCCACAAGGUCAAAUCCAUGCCCGCUCCUCUGUGGGGCUGGAGGGCGACCCUGGGGUCAGAGUCCCUCUGGGGCUGAGAUGUCAGUUAACAGCACAUCUGGAGGGGUAUCCUGUCCCCUUCGGGCCUCCGACUGGGGGAGGGUUUGGGGAGGUGUGUGUGUUCGGGGUACUGGUUGCCAGGUGACCGCUCCCUUUUCUGUGACUCGCCAUGGCAUCCACUGGCCUGCGGUCGGCCUUUUCCACUCACCUCUUCGCUUCUAGUCUCUGCACCAAGCUCACCGCUACCACCGCAGCAGCUCAGGGGCCACCUCAGACAUUUGCACAGACACCUUCUCACCCAGUGGCAGGAACGUCUAGAUCAGCAGGUGCACAGAGGCCCGACAGCCUGCCCACUGGGGGUCCCUGAGCCCCAGAGAGGCACUGCCCUUAGCAUCCCCCACCCACUCCACGUGCCAGCCCCCAACCCCACUCUGGCCUCCAAGAACUCCCCGAGGGCUGAGGACACCCCUCACUUUCCCACCGUGCUCCUCAGCUCUGUUUGCGAAGGGCUACCGCGAGGAGUCAGAGAAUCGCCUAGGCCUCCCCUGGGCUGGGAGUCCCUGGACAGGAAGAACCCAGCAGGAAGUAGGCUCGGCUGCCGAGUCCCCUCCGAGGCUGGGGGUAUCGCAUCCCUGGUGCGGUCUGAGGAAAGAGCAGGCUGUAGGCCCAAGAAUGGACAGGUGGGCCAGUCCAGGAGCUGGGCCUUCUCCCUCUGACUCCUGAGGCAAUGGGGUUGGGGGUCCCCUCCCACUCCCCACCCACACAUGCCUUCCCAAGGUCAAGCACAGACUCAGUCAUGAAAACUCCUCCCCAGUAGCUCAGCAAGCUGGUGCUGCUUCCCUCCCUGGUCUGCAGGGUGAUGUGGGUACCAGGAGGGUACUUGGCCCCAGGGUCCCCCCGGCCCAUCCACGGGAGGGUGCCCUGCAGCAGUGGCACACGGGACCCCAGGGCCUACAGGAGCAGAGAGCCAGGUGGCAUCAGGAGGGAGCAGCCCUGUUCCAGUCCCCAGUGUGUCCCAGCCCGAACCUGUGUUCUUACAGCAGGUGACGUGCUACACUGGCCAGCACACACACAAAACACUUAGUACUUGAACCAGGGGAAAUGCAGGGUCUCGGGGGCCGUGUACAGCCCUGGGCCCAGGAACGGCUCGUCCCCAGUUCCUGCAGGAGCAACCUGGAGCCUCCUCAACUCCGGCUGCCUUAAAGGACCAUUGCCCCCACUACGGGGCCCUCAGCCUUCAGCGGAGUCUCAAAGCAACAGCCUGCUCUCUGAGGCUGGGACCCCGCGGUCUGCAGCAGACGUGGGCCCUGGAGCCCCCAGCCCACCUCCACCGGCCUGCCCCGGUGCUACUCAGUCUGUUCCAGCCUCACCCCCACCCAUCCGGGGAGUUCCAGGAGCCCUUCCUCAGGAGGCGGGUCACGCGGGCCAGUCCUUGCACCACCCUGCAGGGGCAGGGGGACGCUUAGGGAUCCCACCUGGGCCCCCCUUCCAGCAGAUCUCCCCCAAAGGCCCCGCGCUGUCCUGCCGUGUCUCACUUUGUGGGUUUUUCUUGCCCAGUCAAAAUAGGGGGUAACUCAUGUGCCUUUCCUACUCAGGACCUGUUCCAUGUGGUGUCUGGGCCAAGGCUGGUCUCCAGACCUGCUCCCUUUUGUUAUUUUUCAAGCUCCCGAACAGAUUGCAUGGCAUACAUUUCAAUAAAAGGUGUGAUGUGG